AAAAUUUCCAAUUCAACUCGGAGAAUCUAUUUUUACUGAGUUCGGAGAUAAAAGCUUGUCGCAUGAAGAGAAUAACGGGGGAAGGUGCGCCACGCGGUAAAUAAUUACGCCUUAACAGGGUGGCUGACGCUUACAAACUUACAAACUCACAAAUUAUUUGACGUGAUCGAAAUGUGGAGUGGAACAACUAACGACAACCCAAUCUGCAGCAGAACAGUAUCGCCGACCAAUAGAUCUAUCAUAUGUUCAUGUCGUAUGUUUGCCGAAUUGGGUAGCAGUUGAUAGCUGUGGGCCAAUGACGAGCGUCGACCACGGUGGAGGACCUUGUUGACCCGGUCGAGAACCCGGUAGGCCAGAUAUAUAACAAUCGUGUUUCCAACACAGAUGUAAAAGUUGAGAUGUCGACUUUUUUCCCUUUUAUUCUUCAAUGCCACCUCCUAAAGACGCAUGUCUUCUUGAACUCUAGUUCGGGACGUCAAGACCCCCCUUGAACCGGAGACUCGCGAUCGACAACGGCUGAAUGGAUACCUCACCACUCUUGCGCGCUCCGGCAGAGGUCCGGAUGAUGAUCUACGAUUACCUUUUCAACGAUGGCGGCAAUAAGCAAUUGCGUAUACAGAAUGCAACACCCAGCAAACUUCAAAAGUCGGACGGUCGAAUAAGGAGCAAAUAUUACGUCCUCGAGCGUUCAUUCCACCGUCGCUGCUACACAACUACGUACCAGCUUGGCACGGAAGGUGUCAGUUUCUGCGCGUCGUUCAUGCGAGUUAACAAGAAGAUAUACGAGGAAACGGCGUAUCUUGUCUACGGCGGACACACAUUCGACUUCGGAAGCCACAUCGAAGCCGUAGAGCCCUUCCUCUCAGAUCUCACCCCGCCAAGCCGUCAACUAAUCCGGGAGAUCUCCCUAUAUAAGCGGGGACCGGAGCCCCCCUACGACUACGACCGUAGCGAGUGGAGGAACGUGUGCCGGUUCCUACAAGAUCACGCGUCUAUCAAGAAGCUCCGGCUUAUGGUACAAGGUGGUCGACCCAACACAACCUGGGAGGGGCCGAAGGAAUUCACCGUCGACGAUCUGAAGCUUCUGUUCGACAUCAAGCACGAGAGCCUAGAUUGGGUUGGGGAGUUGAUCCGCGUCAAGGGGAUUGAGGAGUUGGAGGUAUUACCGGAUGUUCAGUAUUGCCCUCCGCCUUCAUCGACGAAUAUGAUCAUCUUCGCGGCCCUCUCGGCUUCGAUUGAGAAGGGCUUGACUGAGUUUUUAAGAACGCAGCUACGUCUUCCCCAAUAACGAGUAGGGGUAAGAAGCCAUUUUAUUCACAUGGAUUAAUUGCUUAAAGGGGUCUGGCAAUAUCUUAGCGCUUUCUGGAGUAAUGGGGCAGGUAAAAAUGUGUACCUAGUGUAUGUCGCUUCAGUUGAUAACAAGUACUUAUCUAGAAAACAAUUAUCUAAAACCCUCGA